GAUCGAGCGCACAUCCAGAGCUCGUGAGAGGAGCGCGAAACCUGUCCGCACAGAGCGCGAAGAGGAGCUCCACUAUGACAGCCGGUCCCGAAAAUACUCUUAUUAUUCUCUGAAAACGGACCUUUUACAGGCACAACACGUUCGUGAGGAAUAUAUUAUACUUGAAUUUUCUUCUCUGCGAGCGCGCAAGGUGUCUGUGGAGAAGAAACAUCGGGAUUUGAGUCAGGGGCUGCUGAACUGAGGAGGAUUUUAUCCUGUUUCACUUCUGAGGAGAAAAUAGUCUCAGCUGAUGCCAACGACGGGAGAAAAUAUAGAAACGACACUAACCAAUGAGGCGCUGAAGAGUCUCACUAAAUGGUAGCGUGAGUGUGUAGUGAUCCAGCAGGAGUUUAGGAACCCCUGUGGUGAGUGCCAUCCACCAAUCAUGGUGCCACAUACCCAACAGGCCUCUCCUCGCCGCAGAGCCACGUCCCUCCUGCUGCUGCUCUGCCUUGCGGUGCCAAUCCACGCAGACAGCAUGCCGAGUUUCAUUAAGACUCCUGAAGAUCAGACAGGGAUUUCAGGAGGGGUGGCGUCCUUCGUGUGCCAAGCGGUCGGGGAGCCCAAACCACGAAUCACCUGGAUGAAGAAGGGCAAGAAAGUCAGCUCGCAGCGCUUUGAGGUAAUAGAGUUUGAUGACGGCUCAGGCUCUGUGCUGCGGAUCCAGCCAUUACGGACACAUCGAGAUGAGGCGAUUUAUGAGUGCACGGCUACCAACAGCGUUGGAGAAAUUAACACCAGUGCCAAACUCACUGUAUUAGAAGAGGACCAGAUCCCUCAUGGCUUUCCCACCAUAGACAUGGGCCCGCAGCUGAAGGUGGUGGAGCGAACGCGCACCGCUACCAUGCUCUGCGCCGCCAGCGGGAACCCCGACCCGGAGAUCUCCUGGUUCAAAGACUUCCUGCCUGUCGACAUUAACAGCAGCAGUGGACGAAUCAAGCAGCUCCGUUCAGGUGGUACACCAAUCAGAGGGGCGCUGCAGAUCGAGAACAGCGAGGAAUCGGACCAGGGCAAGUAUGAGUGUGUGGCGGUGAACAGCGCGGGAACACGCUACUCCGCGCCUGCCAACCUCUACGUCAGAGACCAGCGGGAAGUCCGGAGAGUUCCGCCGCGUUUCUCAAUCCCGCCUACCAAUCACGAGGUGAUGCCGGGCGGCAGCGUGAACCUCACCUGCGUGGCCGUGGGCGCUCCAAUGCCCUAUGUGAAGUGGAUGAAGGGCGAACAGGAACUCACCAAAGAGGAGGAGAUGCCCAUUGGCCGAAAUGUGCUGGAGCUCACCAACAUCCGGCAGUCGGCUAACUACACCUGUGUGGCGAUAUCCUCCCUGGGAAUGAUCGACACCACGGCUCAGAUCACAGUCAAAGCUCUGCCGCGUCCUCCGACCUCUCUGAUCGUCACAGAAACCACUGCCACCAGUGUAACUCUAACAUGGGAUUCCGGCAACCCCGAACCCGUGUCCUACUAUGUGAUUCAGUACCGGGCCAAAAUCUCAGACAACGGUUUUCAGGAAGUGGAUGGAGUGGCGUCAACACGCUACAGCAUCGGUGGCUUGAGUCCGUACUCUGAGUAUGAAUUCCGCGUCAUGGCGGUCAAUAACAUCGGCCGCGGGCCGCCCAGCGGGAUGGUGGACACCCGGACCAGUGAACAGGCGCCCUCUUCUCCUCCCCUGCGCGUUCAGGCCCGGAUGCUGAGCGCUACGACCAUGCUGGUGCAGUGGGAACCUCCAGAGGAGCCCAACGGACAGAUACGAGGUUAUCGAGUGUACUACACGCCCGACAUGCACUUCCCGCUCAGCACGUGGCAGAAACACAACACAGAGGACAGCAGCCUGACCACUAUCUCCGGCCUGGUACCUGACAUCACGUACGGCCUCCGCGUGCUGGCGUUCACCUCUGUGGGGGACGGACCGCCCUCGGAUAUACUGCAGGUUAAAACACAGCAAGGAGUCCCAGCACAGCCCACUGGUUUUGAAGCAGAGGCAGAGCUCGACACCCGGAUCAUGCUGACAUGGCUGUGGCCCGUCCAGGAUCAGAUCACCAAAUAUGAGCUCACAUACUGGGAGGCCAGCUCUGACAACAAGCAUCAUGUCAUCUUUAACCCAGCUGGUUCAUAUGCUGUUGAAGGCCUGAAGCCAGACACACUCUACAAGUUUACUUUAGCCGCGCGCUCUGAGAUGGGACUCGGGGUGUACACACAGCCCAUAGAGGCCAGGACGGCCCAGUCCACCCCAUCCGCCCCCCCACAGGAAGUGCACCUGCUCAGUCUCAGCUCCACCAGCAUCCAGGUGAGUUGGGCGGCUCCUCCCGCCGCCAGCCGGCACGGCAACAUCGUCAGGUACUCUCUGGCCUAUCAGGCGGUGUCGGGCGAGGACCAGCAGCGUCACGAAGUCAAGGACAUCCCUGCUGAUGUCUCCAGCUAUGUGCUGGAGGGGCUGGAGAAGUGGACGGAGUACAUGGUGUGGGUCAAAGCGCACACAGACGUGGGUCCCGGCCCGGAGAGUGGCAGCACCCGCAUCAGAACCAAAGAAGACGUGCCCAGCGCCCCUCCACGCAGGGUUGAGGUGGACAACGUGAACUCCACUGCACUGCGAGUGUCCUGGAAACCUCCUCUGCAGCAGAAGCAGCACGGACAGAUCCGCGGCUAUCAGGUGGUUUACUCGCGGCUGGAGAACGGAGAGCCACGCGGGCAGCCCGUCAUACUGGACAUUACCCUGCCCGAGGCACAGGAGGCCAUCAUUUCCGGCCUGCUGCCUGAAACCACAUAUUCAGUGACGGUGGCGGCGUACACCACUAAGGGAGACGGAGCACGGAGCAAAGCCAAAGUGGUGACCACAACAGGGGCCGUUCCUGGCAAACCCACCAUGAUCAUUAGCACCACCAUCGGGAACACAGCUCUGAUCCAGUGGCAGCCGCCGAAAGAGAUGGUGGGCGAACUGAUGGGCUACAGACUGCGCUACAAGCGCGAAGAGGAGGAGACCUACACCACCCGUGACUUCAGACGCACCGACGACCACUUUACCGUCACCGGCUUGCACAAGGGCGCCACCUACAUCUUCAAGCUCUGCGCUAAGAACCGUGCAGGAAACGGGGAGGAGUACAGCAAAGAGAUCAGCACCCCGGAAGACAUCCCCAGCAGUUACCCACAAAACCUCAGGGUGGUGGGACUGACGACCACCACAACCAAACUGGCCUGGGACCCUCCGCCUCUGCCCGAGAGGAACGGGAAGAUCGUACGCUACGUGGUGGUGUACCGUGACAUCAACAGCCAUCAGAACCAGACCAACGGCACCGCCGAGACGCAAAUGACCAUCCAGGGUCUGCAGCCGGACACCACCUAUGACAUCAGGGUGAGGGCGUUCACAGGUAAAGGAGGAGGUCCGAUCAGCCCCAGCAUCCAGAGCAGAACCAUGUCUACCUCCAUGCCUGAGUUCACUAAAAACUUUGGUGUGAAAGCUGUGAUGAAGACCUCUGUCCUGCUCACGUGGGAGGUGCCAGAAACCUACAAGUCCCAAGUGCCUUUCAAGAUCCUGUACAACCAGCAGAGUGUGGAGGUGCAGGGUGACCUGAAGAGGAAGCUGAUCACACGCCUGCAGCCGGACACGGAUUACUCUUUCGUGCUGAUGAGCCGUGGGAACAGCGCCGGCGGACUGCAGCAGCAGGUCUCCAUCCGCACCGCCCCGGACCUGUUCAUCAGCAAACCGGCCCUUCAUAAACAAGACCCAGAAGAGGGCGGCAAACUCACCAUCACACUGCCCAAAGUGCAAAACAGUGCCCUCAUCAGGUGGUUUUAUAUAGUGGUGGUACCAGUAACCACAUUAACUCUACGCCAAUGGGAAACCCCAGAGGAUAUAGAUCUGGAGGAGCUUUUGGGGAGUAAUGGAGACUCAGGUGUGAGGAAGAGGAGGAGAAGACAAACUCAGGACUUCCUUCGGCCUUACAUCGCUGCCAAGAUGGAGUCUCUUCCAGAAACCUUUGUGUUAGGAGACGAGAAAACCUACAGCAGCUUCUAUAACAAACCUCUACCUGGACAGCAGCAGUAUCGCACCUUUAUACUGGCGGCACUGAAAGACAGGGACUCGAUGUUCACAGUGAGCCCUUAUUCUGAUCCCAUGACGGUGAAGCUCCACAGCGGGAUGUCCCGUCACGUUGAGGACCCGGAGAUGCUGUGGGUGAUGGGACCAGUGCUGGCGGUCGUCCUCAUCAUCAUCAUCGUCAUCGGCAUCCUGCUCUUCAAGAGGAAGCGCUCCUCUCCCUCGGCUAAAGAUGAGCACUCGGCUGGAGUUAAAGAUCACUUACUGGCCCACUCCUCUGACCCGGUGGAAAUGAGGAGGCUUAACUACCAAACACAAGGUUCCAGUGCCUUCAGCUGCCCCAGCACUUCAAGAAUGCGGGAACACCCUCCAGUUUCUGUCUGUGCUUUGGCUGACCACAUCGAGCGGCUGAAAGCCAACGACGGCCUACGCUUCUCACAGGAAUAUGAGUCUGUUGACCCCGGUCAGCAGUUCACCUGGGAGAACUCCAACCUAGAGGUCAACAAGCCCAAGAACCGCUAUGCAAACGUCAUCGCUUACGACCACUCCAGAGUCGUGCUGACCCCUAUUGAUGGUGUACCGGGGAGCGACUACAUCAAUGGUAACUACAUUGAUGGCUACCGCAAGCAGAACGCCUACAUCGCCACUCAGGGUCCUUUGCCCGAGACAUUCAGUGACUUCUGGAGGAUGGUGUGGGAGCAGAGGACCAACACGAUCGUCAUGAUGACCCGACUGGAAGAGAAAAGCAGGGUGAAGUGUGAUCAGUACUGGCCGAGCCGUGGAACAGAGACGUACGGCAUGAUUCAAGUGUCCAUGCUGGAUACGGUGGAGUUAGCCACAUACAGCGUCAGGACCUUUGCUCUCUAUAAGAAUGGGUCCAGUGAGAAACGGGAAGUUCGGCAGUUCCAGUUCAUGGCCUGGCCGGAUCACGGCGUUCCCGAAUACCCCACACCUAUUUUAGCUUUUCUGCGCAGGGUCAAGGCCUGCAACCCACCUGACGCCGGACCCAUGGUGGUGCACUGCAGCGCCGGCGUGGGUCGGACGGGCUGUUUUAUCGUAAUAGAGGCCAUGCUGGAGCGGAUGAAGCACGAGAAGUCGGUGGAUAUCUACGGUCACGUGACCUGCAUGCGCGCUCAGAGGAACUACAUGGUGCAGACGGAAGAUCAGUAUAUCUUCAUCCACGAGGCCCUGCUGGAGGCCGCCACCUGCGGGAACACAGAGGUCCCGGCGCGGAGCCUGUACACACACAUCCAGAAACUCACGCAGGUGUCGCCCGGGGACACCGUCACUGCUAUGGAACUGGAGUUUAAGAAACUGGCCAACUCUAAAGCACACACCUCAAGAUUUAUCAGCGCUAGUCUGCCGUGCAACAAAUUCAAGAACCGACUGGUCAACAUCAUGCCCUUCGAGUCCAGCCGUGUGUGUCUGCAGCCAAUCAGAGGCGUGGAGGGGUCCGACUACAUUAACGCCAGCUUCAUCGACGGAUACAGGCAGCAGAAGGCGUAUAUCGCCACACAAGGUCCUCUCUCUGAAACCACAGAGGACUUCUGGAGGAUGCUUUGGGAGCACAACUCUACCAUCGUGGUGAUGCUGACGAAGCUCAGAGAGAUGGGACGGGAGAAGUGUCAUCAGUACUGGCCUGCAGAGAGAUCCGCACGCUACCAGUACUUCGUCGUGGACCCCAUGGCUGAAUACAACAUGCCGCAGUACAUCCUACGGGAGUUUAAAGUCACAGACGCCAGGGAUGGCCAGUCUAGGACGAUCCGCCAGUUUCAGUUCACCGAUUGGCCAGAACAAGGUGUGCCAAAGACAGGAGAGGGCUUUAUUGAUUUCAUUGGCCAAGUCCACAAAACCAAGGAGCAGUUUGGACAGGACGGACCAAUUACUGUUCACUGCAGUGCUGGUGUGGGCAGAACAGGGGUCUUCAUCACUUUAAGUAUUGUUCUGGAGCGGAUGAGGUAUGAAGGGGUGGUGGACAUGUUCCAGACCAUAAAAACGCUCCGCACGCAGAGACCUGCCAUGGUACAGACGGAGGACCAGUACCAGCUGUGCUACAGAGCAGCUCUGGAGUACCUGGGCAGCUUUGAUCACUAUGCAACGUAACCACUCCCAGAAUGCCUCAGAACGGAGAGCCGCCACUUGUUUCUGAGCCAUAAUCAUCCUACCUGUUCAGUCACCACUGCUGGAGGGAGAGAGAGAGAGAGAGAGAGAGAAAGAGAGACUGAGAAACAGACAGAGAGAAACAGCAAAUCAAAAGAGAGGAGAAAUCACUGGAACUUCAUCGCAAUUCUGUUCCUCUCUCUGAAAACAGCAACUGAUGCUUCAUUCUGAUCUUUAAUGCACAGCUCCUGUCUCUGUAUUACCUUACCGCUUUGUGAUUAUGAUCAUUUCAUUUUCAUAUCGAUCAACAUCAUCAGCUAUUGUUUUUUAUUAUUAUUAUCAUUAUUAUUAUUGUAUCAUCAUUAUGAUUGGUAUAUCAGUCAGAAAAUACAAUAUUUGUAUCAUUUAUGCUGAUCAUUGCAUAUCUAAGGGGUUCUUUUUAUUCUUGUUUUUUUUUCAUAUAUUAUUAUUAUUAUUAUUACUCCAUCAUUUUUUUCGCAUAUAUAUAUAUAUGUUCAGUUAUUUUUAGCACAUGUGGACAUGUAUUUUCACAUGACCCAGGUUACUAAUACUAUAAGAGGUGUACUCAGAGCUGCUGAUGAUUUCUUACUUUUUAUCAUUAUUAUAUUUUAAUGAUCUACUUUCAUUUGGUGGGAAAAGGGGAACUUUUAUAAAAAUAUAAGAUUAAAACAACCUUUUCACCUCCUGAUACUUUAUAAAACAGUGUAAUCGAGUAUAAAAGUGAUGAAACGCUAACACACCCCGAGUCGGUGACCUUAAUGAACCUGCCGCCGUUAAGGACACCGAAUAAGCCAAUGAAACGAGAGAACGCAUUCAGAGCCGUUCUGCUCUGAAUAGCAGUCGCUUUCUGGAAACCCUCCAUUCUGGAGUGAAAGAAAGACAAGAAAAACGGUGUUCCUGCUGCCACAGCAAAGUCUUUAUCCCACGGCAGGUCAGCUGAGGUCAAAGGUCAGCUCGUCCUGCACAAACACAUGUACAGCCGUCACGUACCUCCAGUAGAACCACGGCCAUCCGUCAUUCGCUGAAGUGGGGAAAUCUACGGCAAGAAAACAGACGACUCGCCUCACGGGCUGAGGCUGGGAACGCAAAGCCUCCUGAACUCUCCACGCGUGGUAUUAACGGCCAUCCGAUCAUUUCUCACUGUGGCUCGUAAAGACAAAUCUCCCGUAACGUCGCGACAGCAUCAUCGGACUGAAAAUAUGUGCAUACUCAAGUGUUUCUUUCCUCCUAUGGCCUGAGCACAAAGUAAGAUGAGAAAUGCGGACACCACGUCAUUUCGCUUUGUGUUCGCGUAGAGACGAAACGCCAUUCAAUCUGUUGUACAGGCGGUCUGUUUUCUAUUUGUUAAUAAAAAGGAGAGAAAUAUGUGUUAAUAAAAUGCUUAAUUGGG